AUGUCGCCGCCGGAGAUGUCAUAUAGUCCUGCCUAUCACCAGGCUCAGGGCCGGAUUAUACCCCCCUUGGUCCCUUCUUCACUAGAGCAUCCGAAAUCGGUAUAUUCAAGCCCGCUACCCUCGUCCGAGUGGAUGGCCCACGACGUGAGCCCCCGCACAUCUGGCCCGCGGGGAUCACAAGCCCACUCUCCGCAAACUUCACCGCGUGCCUCUCGAGUAGGGGACGAGGGUGUUAAGCCGGUCACUGUGACUAACGGUUCUCCCAAGGAGGAACGCUCGGGAGGGAGUUGGCAGCCGUCAUUGAUGUCAGGCGAGCACACUCGUGUCCCUAAGCGAGCAGGCGUCCCUGAAGCUACAUCUAGUGAUGCCGGCCAGGAUGCUUUUCUUAUGCUGUUCCGGCUUUCCGUCCCGGUUCCACUCUUCUCCUUUGCCGCCUGCAUAUACACCUUCUUCGCAAUCAUCUUCGCCAUCCUCAUUUCUCCUCUCCGUGUCUGUUCUAUUUCUCCAUACCUCCGCAAGACUUCCUUCCGAACCCAACUAUGUGAUCUCCUCUCCCCAGUCCUCCACAUCCACGAACGAAUUGUCUGCAUGCCACCACCUACCUCGAAUCGCUCCUCCUCUACACAAUGGAUCCAUUCCGACCCCGACAGCGAGGAACCCAUCCCGGUCGUCGAUUCCAGCAUCUUAUACUCCGUCGGCAUGUCAAUAGUCGUCCUGACCCUGUCACCGUUCUUCAGCAUUGCCAUCCUCCUUUGCGCCUGGACAGCCGCCGCAUUUUGGGUCUUCGCCAUGGUCAUGGGGAACCCAGAUGGCACUGAGCGUAACGACGAUGGUCGUGCCGCUGUUCUUGGUGUGUGUAAGUGGUGGAGGACAUGGUUGGGUAAAUGCCGAUCAUUGCCAUGA